AUGGUUCAAGAGGAUGAAGAAGUCGAACACAGUUCUUCGUCCGGCGACCAUGGGGAGUCACUGCAUCGUGAAGCUGCAAAAGUUCUUUGGGACUUAGCAGGACUGGGUUAUCAAGAGCUAGUAGCAAAGUUAGAAAACCGUUAUAGAACUAGUGGUCACGAGGAGUCGUAUAAGUAUGAGUUGCAGACUCUUCGACGCAAACCGGUCAAAGUUGGCGAUACAUUUGACGAGAGAUGUUUUUUAUCUGCUAUCAAUGACACCGAUUUAAAAUUAAAAGUUAGAGAGAGGGAACCGAGAAAUAUUGAUGAUUCGUUAAAAAUUGCACAGCGCCUUGAAGUUUCAAAGAAUUUAGUUAAUUCAUUCUACAAGUUUAUCCCAAAGGUUAGGAACAUGCAGGAUACAACGGAAGACAGGAUUCAUCCUGCAGUGGAGCGGCAAAUGAAAUCUCUUCGUCAAUCGCUUGACGUUCUUGCAGACCAUGGGCAACACAACACCCUUCGUUAUUCAAGCAGGCCUUCUCCAAACGAUGGAAAACUGCAACUACAACGAAUCACUAACCUGCUGAUUAACAACGGUCACGAAAAAUUUGCAAUUAACAAAAUCUUACAAUCAAAGGAAGAACAACAAAGCAAUGACAUCAACAACAACAGUAGAUCCGACAGGACUAAUGUAAUACUUUAUUAG